CUUUAUCAGUCCAAGGACAUCAUCCGCCUGGAAAGGGGGGGAAGUUUGAUCCUCUUUCUCACGGAUCGCAGUCAACGGGAGUUUUUUUCUCCCAACUCUUUACGCAUAGGAUUUUUCCCCGUUUUGGCUACGUUUGUUUUUUUAUUUUAGGAUUUUGCUCCCCCAGCAAAACGUGGUAAAUCUCGGCGCGGUGUCUGCAGCUUGCGCGCUCCGCUACACUGGAUUUUAAUUUUAUUUUCUGUUUUCUUCCCGUCUCCUAAGUUUGCUUCAAGCUUCAUGACUAUGCUUCUUGAUAGCGGUCCGCAGUUUGCAUCGUUAGGAGUGGGGGGUUUCGGGACAGCACGGCACCACGACAUCGGGAACAGAGACCCGGGUCUGGGACUGAAUCCCUUCACCGAUUCUUCCCACUCCGCAGCUUUCAAAAUCAGCCCCGUGGCUCACGAUAUCGCCUCCAGUCAGACAUCAGCUUUCACCCCGCAAGCCACUGGAUAUGCAGCUGCCCUGGGACACACUCACGGCGGGCAGGUGGGCUCGUACGGUGGGGGAGCGUUCAAUUCAACACGGGACUUUCUCUUCCGGAACCGGGGUGUUGGAGAGUCCACAGCACCCAGCGCCCAGCAUGGGAUCUUUGCAGCUUCGGCGGGGAGCCUCCACGGGCCGCCCGGGAUCACCGAUAACCCCGGACAUCUGUUGUUUCCAGGACUUCACGACCAGGGGGUGAGCCACACUUCACCGAGUGGACAUGUAGUAAACAGCCAAAUGCAUCUUGGCUUACGCGGGGACAUUUUCGGAAGACCUGAUCCGUACCGUCCGGUCGCGAGCCCUCGGACGGACCCCUACGGGGCUCAGCUGCACAACUACAGCCAUCCUAUCAACAUGAACAUGGGGAUGAAUGUGCCGACGCACCACGGUCCGGGGGCCUUCUUUAGAUACAUGAGGCAACCCAUUAAACAAGAAUUAUCCUGCAAAUGGAUAGACGAGAACCAGAUGAACAGACCCAAAAAGACUUGCGACAGGACUUUCAGCACCAUGCACGAGAUGGUCACUCAUGUGUCCAUGGAGCACGUCGGCGGCCCCGAGCAGAGCAACCACAUCUGCUUCUGGGAGGACUGCCCGAGAGAAGGGAAAUCUUUUAAGGCCAAGUACAAACUCGUCAACCACAUCCGUGUGCACACGGGCGAGAAACCGUUCCCAUGCCCGUUCCCCGGAUGUGGGAAAAUAUUCGCCAGAUCGGAAAAUUUGAAAAUCCACAAAAGAACGCAUACAGGUGAGAAGCCGUUUAAGUGUGAAUUUGAUGGCUGUGACAGACGCUUCGCCAACAGCAGCGACAGGAAAAAACACAUGCAUGUGCACACAUCAGACAAGCCAUACAUCUGCAAAGUGUGCGACAAGUCAUACACACACCCCAGCUCUCUCAGGAAACACAUGAAGGUACAUGAGUCUCAAGGAUCCGAGUCGUCUCCAGCAGCAAGCUCUGGAUACGAGUCGUCCACACCGCCAGUGCUGGUCUCAGCCAGCACAGAAGACCCGACAAAAACACCGCCGUUAGCCGUACAAAACACGUCUGGCCACAGCGAAGGACUUGCACCCAACUUUAAUGAAUGGUACGUUUGAAGUCAGAAGAACAGACCCUCUCUCAAUGUGGACCACGGGGGUUGUGGAUAAAAGAGGAUAAAAACCUUAAAAACUAUUCCUGUUCUCCUCACACACACUCAUACUCCCACAAUCACACACACACUCUCUCACACACACACACACACACACACACA